GUUUAAUGGAAUCGCGUCUCCGCAGCCUUUCACGCGUUUACGUAUCUAACAUGUAAUGAAUUGCUCCUGAAGACAUGCAUUUUAAUCGUAUCCUAGGUAUAUAAAGAAGCCUGAUGAGCAACAACGGUUAUUAAACCCAACCAUCAAAGAAUAUCUAUCGAUAGGAAUAAUUACUAUUUGAACAUUUUCCAACUGCAGUUCCUAUACCUUCAAAUUCAGUUGGACUGUUCCAUUUUUAGGGCCCUGAACUGCGACUUAUUAUAAUCACCCUUCUGGGAACUUGGUCUAUUUGUGCUUCUACCAUCCAAGAGGAAUCGUGUCGAAAUGCCGUAUAAUACAACGGCGAUUCCGCCUCGCAAGGAGGUCACGGGCCAAACCCAGCUGCCCUUGUCACGAGUAAAGAAGAUUGUAGCACAGGACCAGGAUAUCAGCAUAUGUUCCAACAACGCCGCAUUCGUCAUCACCCUCGCAACCGAGAUGUUCAUCCAAUACCUAGCCGGCGAAAGCUUCACCAUGGCCAAGCUCGGCAAGCCCCGCCGCAACAUCCAGUACAAGGACCUAGCCGCGGCAGUCUCGCACCAGGACAACCUCGAGUUCCUCGAGGACGUGAUCCCCAAGACAGCCCCGUACAAGCAGAUCAAAGCGCAAGCAGCCGCCACGCGCAACCAGCUCAGCAGCGGCACGCCCGGCAUCGACCGGGCCGCAGACAAGCAGCGCGAGGUACCGGCAACGAAUGGAGGGGGUUCGGCGAAGAAGCACAGGCCUAGCACCAGUCGUUCGAGCUUAAAUGGGGGUAGCUUCGUGGGCGCUAGUGGUGCUCGGAUCAUGAGCGAUGACGACGGUGCGGAGAUGGACCCGGCGGAUCAACUGCGUCAUGAGAUGCGGCAGGCGAAUCGGGAAGAGGAUGAUGAUGUCCAUAUGAGUGGAUAGGGGCUAUAUCUCCAGGUUUCGAUGUUGAUAAAUAUAGGUCCGCCAGAAUGUCUUAAUUCUACUUAUGCAAGGCUGGAUUUAAUUGUGGCAGGAAAAAGCAUAGUGUGGAUUGUUCCCGGGUGGUUGGUCCGUAACAUAUCAGUCAUCAUGAAUCGAUUUACUUGCUUGCGA